UUCACAAAAGGCUUUGCCACGUAAUUGCAGGCUCCUAUUAAGUGGAACUACCUCCCUGGGGGUCCUCAAUUUUCGUUUCUUCCCUGAGAAGCCUCCCCCAACAUGCCACUCGAUACCUUUUGAAGUGCCAGAGAGCAGGAUUCAGCAGUGUACAGCCGUUUGUGUUCAUCCAUUCAUAGAGCUUUGCUUCUUAUGUAAAGAUUUCUCAACUAUUUCUUUUCCUGGUUACUUUAAGAAAGCAGAUUGUGAAACAGUCGAUCCUUUUAUAUCCGCAGGACACAACAAACCCGGAUACCUAAACUUACUGAUGUGACUUACAGUGAGCUAACCGAAGGUGGGAACGAGGGAGGACAGCUGCUGUCCCGGGGAACUUCUGGCCUGAGGACCUGGGCAUGCUUUAAGCCGUUGUUUAGCUUCUUCAUAUUUGUGGGCACUUUUUGUAGGAACUCAUUUGAAAGGAGCCAUAAGUUCUGAACUAACAAUUUUCACUCGCAGAAAGUUUUAGCAAAUACCAAGAAAGACCUUAAUUGUUCCAGGAAACUAAAAGAAGUUGGGAGUUUUCCAAACUGCCUUCUUGAUACCGAACCUUAUCAGCUGACAGAAAGCUGGGACUCAAGGGCUCCUUAUUCAAAUAUACAUAUAUAUAUACAUAUACACACUUUUUUACUGCAGCUCUACUCUCGGGUCUUUAUUUGGAUUAAUUUUAAAGACUUACCAACAAUGGCCACAAGCUACGGCCACAUGCUGGAUAGACAACAGAUCAUCCCCGGCCGUUUAGAGAGUCCAAUCCCAGCCACUCUGGACACAUUACAGGCCAAGAAAAACUUCUCAGUGAGCCACCUGUUGGAUCUGGAGGAGGCCGGGGAGAUGGUAGGGGCACCAACAGAAGACAACGCGGGGGACACGGGAAGGAGCAUGUUGGAAUCCCCGGGGCUGACCAGCGGCAGUGAUACCCCCCAGCAGGACAAUGAUCACAUGAGCCUGGAUCAGAAAAAGAAGAGGAAGCAGAGGCGAAACAGAACGACCUUCAACAGCAGCCAGCUGCAAGCAUUAGAAAGGGUUUUUGAACGGACGCACUACCCUGAUGCCUUUGUACGAGAAGACUUGGCUCGCAGAGUUAACCUCACUGAGGCCAGAGUUCAGGUGUGGUUUCAGAACAGACGGGCAAAGUUUCGAAGAAAUGAGAGGGCCUUGUUGGCUACCAAAAAUGCUUCUCUUUUGAAAUCUUACACAGGGGACUUGACAGCUGUGGAACAGCCUAUUGUACCUCGGCCAGCUCCUAGACCCAAUGACUACCUAUCCUGGGGGACAGCCUCAACUUACAGUGCCAUGGCUGCAUACUCAUCACCUUGUGCCAAUGUGAACAGUGCUCAAGGAAUGAAUAUGGCAAACAGCAUUGCCAACCUACGUCUCAAGGCAAAGGAGUACAGCUUACAGAGAAACCAAGUGCCAACAGUCAACUGAAACAUACAGAUGGAUGAAAAGGGAAGGCACAUCUGAAUAAGGGGAACUACCUUUCACAUAAGAAGACAAAGAGGAGCCUCACAAUAAAUGGACUGCUGUUUUACCAAGAGACCAAGAAACAAUUAACCAGGGUUAAACACAAAGUAUACAUGCACUCACAUAUCUAUCUAUGCACACGCUGUUUUAUUUUGUUUUCUAAAGACUCUGUGGGUGAAGCACAUUGCUGUCUUGAUAUGGCAUUCAUUAUGUAAUGGACUAUUUAAAAAAUAACCAAAGAUUUAUUUUUUGCUCUGUGUGUAUGAGUGUAUGUGUAUGUAUAUCUAUGUGUGUAUGUCUGUGUGGGUGCAUCACAAAAUGACCAGCUACAAAAGUAAAUUUUGUAGAAUUUAUGUUUGAAGUAAGCCAAAUUAUCCUAGCCUUUGGUGACUAGCUAAAACGAGAUGAUUUUUUCUCUUCUUCUGUUUUUCCCAUCAUUAAGCAUGAUGUUUAUGGCUAGACACCAUUACAAGUUGAAUCCGGCAUGCUGCACAGAAACCUACACAUAUCCAGAAUAGGUAACUGCAGUGACUAUCAGCAGAUUGCAUAUUAAAUAUACUGUAAAUAUCUCUGCUUCAUCUUCUCCUAUGUAUUUACACAUUCACAGAAUCAUUUCUUUUUAUUCUGGGUUGCAAAGAAUUGGGAAGCAUUCCGGCACAUUGUAUGACAGUAUACAAAUAAGAAAAAGUUACUGCAGUCCAAUCGGAAAUUAAAUAUCUAUAUAUUGUAUACAUAUAAAAGGCUGGGACUUCAGAUUAAAUGCAUUUCUGAAUUUAUUUGUUUAAUAUUUUUUACCACUGACAAGGAGUUGUCAAUAAUGCAUACUUUUUAUAAAUAUAUACGUAAAAGCUUGAUGAGUUGAUUUGAAACAAAAAACAUUGGAGGAAGACUUUUUAUGUUAUGUCUGUAUUUUACUGAUAUUUUUAGAAAAGUGAGACAGAUGCACAAUAAACUGUAAGAAUUAGUUUCUUCA